CGACGAUCAUCCCCAUAUAUUCUAUCAUUAAUCUUCACACGCGACCAAGUCUAGUUCCUCUUUACACUAUUUCCUACACCACCCAAGAAACGGCAUGGAGGGAGAGACUACAGCACCGCCUGUCCGAUUCAAGCGCCGCAAGCUCGCACACCCGCGACGAAGCACCCUUGCCGAUAAUGAUGAUGCGCCUUCAGACCACCUCGCGACGACUGUCCAGACAUCGAACGGACAGUCGAACGACCACGACCACGAUAACCACGAAGACGUUCCGAAUUUAAAAGAGAUCCUUCGAAAUCGUAGGAGGCCACAUGACCGCCUCCGCGAGGCCGCGCGCAAAGCAGAACAGAAGAGCGAUGCGCUCGUCCACGUCGAGCAACAGGACCUGCAGCCCAGAAACGAGACCCCCUAUGUGGACCGCUUCGUCGCACAGACCGGACAGGUGGUCGGAAAGGAAGACCAACAGAUGGCGGAAUAUGUAGAAGCGCGCCUUGCUGAGCAGAACCAUCGCAAGUACGGCUGGCCGAUUCCGGACCAUUUGCAGAAGCUUCUUGGUCGUCUUGGUCCCACGUCGGAGGGCGACCAGGAGAAGGGACAGAGCCAGAGACCGACUACGACUACUGACCCACGAUUAGCCGCGGGCCAUGGCAAGUUGAUGGAGAUUGAUCUUGGGCCCGAGGCCACAGCGAAGAACAUUGAACGCACAGAACAAGCUCGACGGCGCCUGGAGGGCCAUGUCGAACCAGACGCAGAAGAACCCCAAGGCAAGGUCCGCCUAGGGAAGGACGGGAAGCCGAGGAAGCGCUGGCAGAAACGGCGCAACAGCGAAGAUAUUCGGCGAGACGCCAUGGUCGAAGCUGUGCUCCGAGAGUCGAAAUUGGAGUACUUCGAAGAAGCAAAACCCGCCCCCAAGCCUACGGAUCCGAACCGAGACGCCGACGAUGCAAUUGCUGAGCAGUUCCGGCUCGAUUUCCUCGAAUCCAUAGAGAAUCGCCAUCGCAGGGCCGCACCUCCGCCAAACGCAAAGGGCGCCAAAGAGCAUCCGAAAGGACCGAAGCUGGGAGGAUCGCGAAGUGCCAGGGCGGCCAUGCGCGCACAGGAAGAACAGGCUGCUAAGAUGAAGAAGUGAGAUUUUUGUAUGGACAACAUCGAGGGUCAUCCUGUGCCGUUCAGUCAUCACUACAGCAAUUACUGGACGCAGGGAAGGAAACGUGGGAAGUGGUUGCAUGAUAUGCCCGUAUGUCGACUUGGUCUCAUUUUCAUGAGAAUUCAAGGAAUCAACACACGUUUAACCAUGUAUUAUCAAUACGGUAUGGUUUCCAUAAUUGGGUAGUCAAAAUACGAAAUCAUCCCAUACCGAC